AUGGACGAGCACAAAUUCGCAGUCGAGUGCUCUAGUCGGUCGGGUGAUGAUGGCGAUGAUGACGAUGAUAAGGGCGAAGACUCGGCUUUCGUCACUGACUCCGAGGCCGACGAAUCCGAGCGAUGGGAUGACAACUCGGAGUACGAUUCGGAGUACGAAAACCAAGUCGACCGUAGCCGCCACUGCGUCGAGACUCUCGAACGUCGACAAGAACCCCAGCUGAGGAAGGCUCUGGAGGAAGUACUUGAACUCCUGUUCCAGCUCAGUGUAACUAUCUGCACAGGGCAGUACGCAAAUGGCGAGCCCAGCUCGACGCUACUGGUAUACUUCAGUGGCGUCCUUGGCCUGGAUCCCGAAGCGACAGGUUUCCGCCGGGCUACGCAGUACACCUCCACACUGUCCGGCUUUAUCUAUGGGCUGAAGAACACGGCUCUUGAAAAGUUCAAGAAGGAGGCAGACCUCUGUUGGAUGUCUCCUGACCUUUUGCGGGCAGCAGAGGUGUACACGUCCACUAUGGCUAAGGAUCGAUCAAUAAGGGACAUAGUCGCUGAAACACUCAGCAAGCACCCAUCUCUACUGGAUGGCGAGGGGGCACAGAACCCAUCCGACGUCUAG